UGCACAAAUUACACAAGCUAGCCAAUUACUUCUUUCUUCUUCCCCAAACCUGUCUCCAUCGUUAUAACGUUGUUGGUAAUAAAAAGAAAAUGGAGCAAUCCAAUUGUGGUGUGCUCGUAAGCGAGUUGUCCAUGUCCGACGACCAGAUCCUGAAACAAAUUCGUGAAACCCAUGUUCCUGUUCCUAACCAAAAUAUUCCUUGCUCUGAUCUUUUCGAUGCCAUUAGAAGUUUUCUUUACCUUGCAACCCAAAUUGUUGACAAUGCUUUGCUGGGUGCUGGAGGACUGGAGAACCUGGAGGUACCGGCUGUCUCGACCACCGGUGACCUCAGCCUACUUCCAGGCAUACUCGACCAACUUUCCACAGUGCUGAGACGCAGCGCUCCGUGUGGGGAAACUGAACUGAAAAACACGUCAAUGUCCAUACUUCGUAAUGAGCUCUCAAGCUUUUCAUGGACUGAAAAAGCAGUGCUGAUACUUACUGCUUUUGCUGUGGACUAUGGAGAUUUUUGGGCCCUUGUAAAGUUACAGUCGUUCGAUAGACUUGUGGAAUCAGUGGGAGUCACAAAACGUGAACCUACGACUAUAAACUGCCCAGACCUUAUAAAAUGCGAGAAAGAGAUUGGUGAUAUUAGUUAUUUGAUCAAGGACACGUUGGAAGCAAUCAAAUGCAUUAUUGAGUUCGAAAGGCAAUCUAAAUGGGCUGAUACCAAGGGAAUCAAAACUACAUUGUUAACCACUGUCACGGACAGUAUCCCAUAGCAUGUCUACUGGGUAAUCGUAACUGUUGUUGCUUGCACGACUCAGAUGUUUUGUCUCAGUAACGAUACGGUCAAGACACUGGAUCUAUCGCCCUUGAUUGAGAAGAUAAGCACCAACCUCGAAUUACUAAAGGAGAAUCUAAAGGAUUGCGGUCAACAAAUAGCUGAACAAGCGCCAAAACCUCGUUUGUGCACAAGGAUUUUGGCGGUUAAAGCUACAGGACCAGGCGUGUAUGUGAGCGAGGAUUACACUUUCUUAUAUGGAUCCACCAACAACGGAUGGAAGAACCAAUUUCUUGGUCAUGUAACUAAUAUCAUUCGCGAUUUGGCCAAAAACCACCCAAAAAUAAGCAUCAGAAAACUGGAUGCAUUGAAGUCAAACAAUGGGAAGCUGAAGGUUCGUGCUAAAGAGUUGCAGGCUCGCUUCAAAAGUGAUCGGGGUUAUGUUGAGCUCUACAAAGAUUCUCGAAUCAUAGUAGGUGAUUACGGGACGACUAUUGUUAAGGUCUUGGAGAAAUUUGAUGACUGGAAAGGGUCCUUGAAUCAGUUUGGCUUUGGUGAUUGUUUCAAGGAUUACUAUCAUAAUUAAGAGAAUUCACCUUACUUAUUGUUUGCAUGGAAAGAUUUCCGUGGUGAUCCUUAUGAACUCAUGUUUGGCUCUCCUUGUCUCGUAGAGGCACCACCAAAUUAUAAUGAUAUGCCUAAUUAUUGUCAUCAAUCUUUAAUAAUG